AUGCCACGUCCUGGCGUCAUGGGCACUGCUAUCGUCCGACAGAACCCAAUCAACUACAACUUCCUCGCAACUGAGUUUCCCCUCGGCUACAAUGUCGGGGAGUCUGCGGACGCUGAGAUCUUUGCCAUCACUGCUGCGUUGGGAAUGGCUUUGGACUUGGUGCAGCAGGGAUUGAGAGCCCCAGUCGUCAUAACGUCCCUCGCUACAGGUCGAGAAACACCCCGCGCCGAGAAAUAUAAGGGGUACUUCAACUUCAAGCAACUUAAAACUGCGUACAUGUUCAGAUUCGCGCCAAGUCUAUAUAAGUUAUACGCUAUAGCUAGUCCUUAA